GUAACAUCCAUACACUUGAAGUUAGAUAAGAUCAGUAUAACCUUAAUUUCAACACAAGCUAGAUGUGAGUUCAUAAAGUUAAGUUCCAUCAUAAAAAUGAGUACUGAUGAAAAAAAAGUUUUUUUAACAGGUGCAUCCGGACUUCUGGGGAGAGCUAUAUACAAAAAGUUUAAGUCAGGAGGAUGGGAUAUUCAAGGGACUGCUUUCACCAGGGUUACCGAGGAUUUGAUAAAAGUGGACAUAACAAACGAAAAGGAGCUGAAAGACACUGUUGCAAAAUUUCAACCAAAAUUCAUAAUCCACUGUGCGGCUCAAAGGUUUCCCGAUAAAUGCGAUAAAAAUCCCAAGGAGGCAGAGCUGCUGAAUGUGACAGCGACCGAAUACAUUGCUGCAAUUGCACAACAAAGAAUGAUUCCCUUGAUAUUCAUCAGCACAGAUUAUGUCUUCGAUGGAAAAAAUCCUCCCUAUCAGCCAAUCAGCGAACCGAAUCCAGUGAAUCUUUAUGGUAAAACCAAGGCAGAGGGUGAAACGAUUACUCUGAGCAAAUCUCUGAAAAAUAUGAUUUUACGAGUUCCGGUCUUGUACGGACCGGUGACCAGUUUAUCAGAAAGUGCAGUGACCUCCCUCCUUCAGAACUUGCUGAAUACAGAGAAACCAAUUACAGUUUCAAACUAUGAAAAAAGGAGGCCUGCUCAUGUGGAUGAUAUAGCUUCCAUUUGCUUUGAUUUGCUUCAGCAGAAAAUCAAGGAUCCAGAACUGAAAGGAAUUUUCCAAUGGAGCGGUGAAGAAGUCUUUACCAAGUAUCAAAUGAUUCAAGUGAUGAGUGAGGUUUUCAACUUAAAAAUGGAUCACAUAACGCCUGAUUCGAAGGAACCAGACCCUAGCGCAGCAGCAAGACCAUUUGAUGUUACGCUUGACUCAUCUAGGUUAAAAUCUCUGGGAAUUCAUCAUCAUACGAUUUUCAAGGAAGGAAUUAAAAGAGAUCUUGCAAAAUGGGUGCAAAAAUGAGGAUGAACAUGAGACAGUAUUCCCAUUACGUGAGAUGAGAGAGAGACCACAUUGUAACAGCAUCUUUUGAUUAGAAUGACCAGAAGAUUCUCUUGGCUUCAAGGCAUUUUUCCUUCAAGUUUUAAGACUGACUGAUUUUAAACACACUCAGUGAGUACUUAAGGUACGCCAGACUGUGAUUUUUUCAGAAAUAUUAACCUAGCUGUUCAGAAUUAGAUUAUGUUGUGAAAAAAUAAAGAAACUUGAGUUAAACAGCA